AGCUGUCCCCCGUAUUAUUAUUGUUGUCUAAAGCGCAUCUGAUCCACGAAGUGUGUACACCACAGUUUUAAGUUGUGUAUACAAAACAGUUUUCUGUUGUACCAUACUUCCUAAAACUCUACAUAAUGCCUUCGGGUAAGAAUUUUAGAAGAAGAAGACAAAGCUCUUCUGACGAAGAGGAAGACGAGAUAACAGCUGAAGUUAGAUCGAAACUGGAUGAGGCCAAAGAACUCCAGAGUUUACGCAAACGACAGACUGGAGUUAGCGUUGCAGCACUUUUGGAAGGCGAGAAACUUCGCUUGGACGAAGGGACCGAUAAUGACCCUUUCAAACUGAAAACCGGGGGUGUUGUUGACAUGAAAAAAGUUAAAGACAGAGCCAGAGACAUGACUGAUGAUGAUACAGGGGACCUUAAUCUAGGAACCUCUUUCUCUGCUGAGACCAACAGACGCGAUGAGGACGCUGACAUGAUGAAGUACAUUGAGACAGAGCUGAAGAAGAAGAAGGGCUUGGUGGAAGCAGAAGAGCAGAAGGUGAAAGUGAAGAAUGCCGAGGACCUCCUGUAUGAGCUGCCAGAAAACAUCAGAGUCAACUCGGCCAAGAAGACAGAGGAGAUGUUGUCAAAUCAGAUGCUGAGUGGGAUUCCUGAGGUGGACCUGGGCAUUGAUGCAAAGAUAAAGAACAUAAUCUUCACGGAGGAAGCAAAGGCCAAACUACUGCAGGAUCAGAGAAACAAGAAAAAGGACAAUGGCACCUCUUUUGUCCCCACCAACAUCGCAGUGAACUACGUCCAGCACAAUCGCUUCUAUCGUGAGGACGUGAAUGCCCCACAAAGACACCAUAACAGACACAAACCGAAGGAGCCAGAGGUCAGGCCUCUCCGUGUGGGUGACACAGAGAAACCAGGACCAGAGGCUGUGGAACAACUCAGCCAUCGCAAAAGGCCAAACAACGAAAAGGCCACAGAUGAUUACCACUAUGAGAAGUUCAAGAAAAUGAACCGCAGAUACUAAAGGCAGAUUGGCCAUUGGACUAGAUUGGAGAAUCACCAUUGAACAAGCUUUUAGUCCGGAGAAGGAUUAAUCUGGGUGUUUAAAAUCAGCCCUAAAUGUUCUUCAGAAAGUUCCCUUAAUUUUCUUGUGACCACAUUUGUUAAAAUAGUCCCUGUUCAUUGUUUCGAGCUUGACUGAUGUAUAUAUUAUUCUGUUACCAUUUAUUAAAAAAAGCAUGUGAAGUGGUAUAAAUGUCA